AUGCUGCCAGAUGCCGAGCCGUCUCGCCUCGUCGCACUGCCGCCCGAGCUCAUCGACCGGAUUCUCCAGUAUCUCAAUCCCGUCGACCUGACCCGCGUCUCCGAGACAUGCCGGGCCCUGUAUGUGCGAGCCAUUGCCGAUUACCUCUGGCAGCCCCACGUGCAGGAUAACGUUCCAGGGCAAUCCGUCCACUCCUCUUAUCCCUACGCCUCCUUCCGCGAGCUGUACCGCGCCCACGACCCGCGCUGGUUCCUCCCCAAGUACAAGAUCUGGUUCUCCGACGCCGGGCUCCCCGGGCGCCUGAUUGUGGCCCGCUACGACCAGCGGCGAGGGUGCAUCGAAGCCUAUCAGCUUGUUGCUAACAACCGGGAUGACACCGCCGUGCCAUGGCAGGCCGAUCCCAACGUCCUCAUCUUUGCCUUCGAUCCCGAAGUCAAGCUGCAUCUCGACAUGCCCAUAAUCCGUCUACCAGCCGAUCCCCACAACGAUCCGUACGUGGCCGAGGCCGAAGACACCCCUGCCAACAGCUUCCAGCCCGAGAUCCCCAUGCGCGUAAGCACCAUCGGCCACCUCCAGAACAGCUUCAUCCACGCGCGGCGCCUGCCCGACACGGAGGCCUCGGCCCGCCUCGCCUCCAACUCCUCCUUCCCGUACCGCCACGUCUGGCCGCCGCCCACGAUCCCGACCGAGGACCGCGUGCUCGGCGCGGGCCUGCAGCCGUCGGCGUGCCUGCGGCCGACCGACGCGGCGCGCUCGCGGCGCGAGGUCUGCGACCGCGCCUUCCGCAUCCGCAAGUGGAUCGAGAUGCGCGAAAUCUGGGCGCCGCUCCUGGCCCCCGGGCCUGUGCACAUCGGCGAGGAGGUCUCGACGUACGCGACGCUGCACCCGGCGCUGUACACGCCGACGCCGCGCCGGCCGUUCCGCGGCAUCUGGGUCGGCCACUACGGCGGGCACGGCUGCGAGUUCCUGUGGAUCCACCAGCCCGAUGACGAUGACGAUGACGACGACGACAACGACGACGACGACAACGGGGACAACGGACACGACGGGGAUGCGAACGGGGCCGAAGACGGCGCCCGGCCGCCGGAGGAUGAAGCGGAGGAAGAGGAGGGCGAAGGCGAGGACGAGCCGGACGCGAACCAGAACGCACCCCGCCGCAGCCGCCGCCGCCACCGCCGCCGCCGCCGCCGCAGCAGCAGCAGCUCACACGACGACGCGGACGUUUACCGCGGCAGGCUGCUGGCGAUCAAGCUCACGGGCGACGCCAACGUGCCGCGCGGCGAGUGCUCGUGGGUUGCGGACGACCUGGGCCGGGGCGGGCUGGUGCGCGUCGCGACGGAGGAGCCGUUCGCGGGCGUCAGGGUGGUGAGGAGCCGGGGGCAUGUCGCGCACACCGGGUUUAGGUCCGAUACCUACGUCGACUCGCAGCUGUUGCUGAUCUCGCACGACCGGCUGGCGCAGUACUGGACGUCCAUGGGGCAUAUCAGCUACUACCACCGGGUGGAUAUCGAUCGGUUCCUGGUGCCUAAGUGAGCUAGCCGUCCGGACCGCCAGGGAGGAUCCGGUCGCUGGGGAUGUUUACGAUUACUGUUUACUGUAUGAGUGAGGGAUGGCGGGAUAACGAGAGAUGAGGGCCUCUGGGAUGUGACACGAAAGAAUGGUGUCCGAGCCGCGCGUAGCGAGGCAUAUGGACCAGCGGGGAACGGAUGUUGUACGCCCAGCAUUCAGCAAGACUCAGUUGGCGCGCUUGGUUGCUUGGAAUUUGCACGAUUGGGGGUGGAUCGCGGGGCACACUGCUGUCCGUCUGCAUCUUUUGUCGCCACCCGUUCGACCACAGGGUGCUGCGACGCUUGGAGGGAACCAUGUAUCGCACAAAGCCACAGGUCUGGGCUGUAGAUUAAGGUAAUUGCAUACAUUACUCGAAUAAAUACCGUACGAAG